AUGACGACCGUCGCGGACACUCGGCGUCCCUCGGGUACGGACCAACCCCCUCCUCACCGCCGCAAAACGUCCUUCUGUGCCGCCAGUGCCCACAAUCUCAUGAGCGACAGCAUCUCCAACCUCGAUUUGUCGCCCACUACCUCGACGCUCAGCGGCGUCAUGUCACCAGUGUCACCAGUGCCGAGCAGCAACGCGCCGCCAAGCUACCACAGCCCGCUUCUUGUACCAGCUCGCAAGGCGGUGGCGCCGACCCCACCCGUUGCAUUUGCGUGCCUCAUGCUCAUCGGCAAAGACAAAAUCCGUAUCGCAGGCUUCCCCGACUCGUGUCAAGAACUGAUGCGAAAUGUCCUUUCGAAAGGAUGGACUGGCGUCGACGCAAAACGAAACCCCGCGCCAGGCGUGUAUGAGUGGAAACUCACAAAGGCUCCAUGGGCCGGUGACGCACCACUCGCAUCGUUCCGCCUCAUCGAGUUCAUCCUCUUCUCGCUCUCAAAAGAGGGAUGGAGUCUCGCCCUCGCAGCUGGUAUACCAGCAAAGCACGGUGCACGGGACACAUUCUUCUUCAGGCCGGCCGAGCGACGACAGCGCCACUUCUUCAGUAUCAUCUUUGGCACCCACAUGGUUACGCUCCUCGAUGCCAUUGAUCCCCGCGUGUGCGAGGAGUUUGUGCAGGCUUGCGAGACAUGGCCAGGUGGGGCUGGAGCUCUGUACUCGCGCGAGCAUGGUGCAUUUGCGGUCAAUAUGAAACCGGUAGGAGAUGGCGACACUGCAUGGCCGACUGGCGGCAAAUACCAACACGCCAUGUCCCAGCUCAUGUGUGCUGUGCUCCAACGAAUGGCGUUGGCUGGUUACGAGUGCGUAACGACCUACGACGUCCUCGACCGAUCAACGAGCUGGUACUGGAACGAUGCCAAGGGCAUCGUCACGGGAUCUAUGCCGUCCAUUGACAUCUGGGUCUUCGCAGAGCGAUAA